ACAACAGCCAAUGCUACAUCCUGGCGGCAUGCAACAACAGCCAAUGACACAUCCUGGCUUCAUGCAGCAGCAGAGCACUAACAACACAACUGUUGUGCUACAGCAACAACCUCAGCAAAUUAUGAUCCAAGGUGAACGUGAUUGGAGCACUGGCUUAUGUAGUUGUUGUGACGAUUGUGGAAUAUGUUGCUUCGCUUACUGUUGCCCAGCUAUUCACAGCUGCGUCGUAGCUAGCUUGGCUAAAGAAUGCUGUUGUGUGGGGAUGUAUUGUCCGUUUGCUUUGAGAACCAAGAUCAGAUUGAGGCAUAAUAUUAAGGGAAGUAUUUGUGAAGAUUUCUGUGUUCUCGCAUGGUGUGGUUCUUGUGCCAUGUGUCAAAUGCACCGUGAAUUAAAUAUUCAUGGCAUUUAGAUUGAGGAACUUUCAACUUUUAAAGUGAUUCAAUACAUUCUAAAAACUUAUCCAUACACAGCAUUUGUAGCCUAAGACUUUGUCUGCGUUUUUAAGCGUUGGAAUAUGAUAACAUAUUAUAAAAUAUAUAUCAACAACUCUUGUUACUUAAAACCAUACACUACAUUGACAUAUCCAAUUAUUAAAACUAAACUUGUAAAGUGGCCAGCUCAGGGCCUCGGGUAAAUAACAUAUAUAAUGUUUUAAUAUAAUUCAAGUAAAUCAUGUUUCA